AUGACCAGAUCGAUAACUGCUGAUUUUCAGCAGGUCAAUCAUCUCGUUUAUGAGAUACCAAACAACAAAUAUGCUCACAAUCCAUGGAACUAUGCACCAGAAUUUCUUAAAGUGUUUGGUGACGUUCGAGUUCAUGUGGGUGGAAAAGCCGUUCUUGACUGUGUUCUCUUGGGAAGCCCACGUCCAAAAGUCUGCUGGCUGUUCAAUGAUGAUAAAAUGCGAUUCAGUGAUGUUCAAGUCGAAGAUACUGCUGACAUUUGUCGCCUGACCAUUCCGUACGUGAUGCCCUAUCAUUUCGGUAAGCACUAA